GUGAACCGGAUGCUCCUUCAGCUUCCUCCCUGGCGUCCUCUGCUGCCUCCCGGCUCCCUGACGCGGCCGCGGGCACCCACGGGGGCACGGGCAGGGGGCUCCCGGCGGCUGGCCUGGCAGGUGUAGGGCGCCGGUAGGAGCUGGGCGCGCACGGCUACCGAGCGUGGAGGAGACACUGCCCUGCGGCGAUGGGUGCCAGGGGCGCUCCUUCACGCCGGAGGCAGGCGGGGCGGCGGCCGCGGUAUCUGCCCACCGGGAGCUUCCCCUUUCUCCUCCUCCUGCUGCUUCUCUGCAUCCAGCUCGGUGGAGGACAGAAGAAGAAAGAGAAUCUUUUAGCUGAGAAAGUAGAACAGCUGAUGGAAUGGAGUUCCAGGCGUUCAAUCUUCCGAAUGAAUGGUGACAAAUUCCGAAAAUUUAUAAAGACACCACCUCGAAACUAUUCUAUGAUUGUUAUGUUCACUGCUCUUCAACCUCAGCGUCAGUGUUCUGUGUGCAGGCAGGCUAACGAGGAAUAUCAGAUACUGGCCAACUCCUGGCGCUAUUCAUCUGCAUUCUGUAACAAACUCUUCUUCAGUAUGGUGGACUAUGAUGAGGGAACAGACGUUUUUCAACAGCUCAACAUGAACUCUGCUCCUACAUUCAUGCAUUUUCCUCCGAAAGGCAGGCCCAAGAGAGCCGAUACUUUUGACCUUCAAAGAAUUGGAUUUGCAGCUGAACAACUAGCAAAGUGGAUUGCUGAUAGGACCGAUGUUCACAUUCGCGUCUUCAGGCCCCCCAACUACUCUGGCACCAUUGCUUUGGCCUUGUUGGUGUCACUUGUUGGUGGUUUGCUCUAUCUAAGAAGGAACAACUUGGAGUUCAUCUAUAACAAGACUGGUUGGGCCAUGGUAUCUCUGUGUAUAGUCUUUGCUAUGACUUCUGGCCAGAUGUGGAAUCAUAUCCGUGGACCACCGUAUGCUCAUAAAAACCCACACAAUGGACAAGUGAGCUACAUUCAUGGGAGCAGCCAGGCUCAAUUCGUGGCAGAGUCACACAUUAUUCUGGUACUAAAUGCUGCUAUCACCAUGGGGAUGGUUCUUCUAAAUGAAGCUGCAACAUCCAAAGGCGAUGUUGGAAAAAGACGGAUCAUUUGUCUAGUGGGAUUAGGCCUGGUGGUCUUCUUCUUCAGUUUUCUACUUUCAAUAUUUCGUUCCAAGUACCACGGCUACCCUUACAGUUUCAGUAUAAAGGACGUGCAUGGUUACAAACAGCCUUCUGUUCUUAUUCAUUGUAACUAGAUAAAGGAGAUAGGACAGGGGCCUGGAUCAGUCGUACUUGAAUGCCUACCCUGGGACAUGAAGGUCCUUCCCAGGACAUAAAGUGAACAUGACUAAAUCAACAUGUCUCAAGGCGUCAGGAGACGAAAGCAACACCCCAGAACUAGGAAUUAAUUCUCCACCUUUAGAAGUGUCACCCAAGAAUCCAGAUUUACAGCCACAAAACUAAUCCACUAUGGACAUUUUCCCCUUGUGUUACAUGGAAGAAGCUUCUCAUCAAAAUCUUAUUCCCAGACCUAGAUAGAGAUUAGUUACCCUAAUAUGAGUGACUCAAUGAAGCUUUCUUGAAAAUCCAGUAUAGGAGUGUAACCAUUAUGUUUGUAUAUUGUAUUUUAGUUUAUAAAGCACUUCCCCAUAUGUUAUGGUAUUUUUUUCUUCACACCAAUCCUGUAAAUCAGACAGGAAUUUAGACAGGAAGUGUAAAUUUUAUCUGACUUAUUCAAGUACUGGAAGCUGAAAGCUGCAAAGAAAAAACAGAGCUUGUAACUGGGCUUUCAGACUCUCAAACCUGAAUUUCUAUUUUCUGUGGUGCUACCUAAAGAAGGACUUAGAAACACAGUUAUUUGGUCAACUAAGUAAACUUUUUUUUUUAGGCUUUGUUAUCUAAUUUUCAUUAAGAUCUGAGUAAUAGACCAUGGAGAACUUUGUUAGUUGAGAGUUCUAGCUGUGUAGUCUCAAACCAGGACCCAGGUGUCUAUCCAGUGACCCUACCUGUUUUGUACCUAUGAAAUUCAGUAAAGAAUGGGAAAUAUAAAAGCCUACAAGGGUAUAUGAAGUUAAAUCCUAGUGCAGCAUGUGCGCUAGCAGGAAGAAAGCUAUCUUUUCAAAAUAUGAUUAUAUUCAGCAAAAAUUAUGAAGUAAUUUCUGAACUAUGUUAACCUUAUCUCACAUUCCCAAAAUCUGUUAUUAAAAAUCACAUUCAUUCCCCUAAUUCCUGUUAACAGAUUGAUAAAUUCAGUAUUGGAAUGGCAUUUAUGGAAAAUGCUGUGAGUGAUCAUCAUAAUUUGUUUAAUGUCUACACCUAGGUAGCAUUUGACCUGUAAAUCUUAAUCCGCCUAGUACUUUUCCAUUUUCUAAAGUUUAUUCAGAACAAACAUCAAAAUUGGAGUUUGAAGCCAAAUUUUACAUUGAGUAAAUGUCUGUUAAUUACAGUUACUUAUGUUUGUCCCCUUAAAGCUCAAAAUUCUUACUAACAACACACAUCUAAUCUCUCUGUAUAAAGCCUAAUAAUGUUUAAUCAUGACCAAAGAUAGAGAAUUCUCAGACACUGUGACUUAGGUAAGGAGAACUUCCCUAUCCCAGAUUAGUAAAAAUAAUAACAAAAAAUUUUAAAAGAAAAAAUUCUAGCCUAUAUUCUGUAAAUGUCUCUGAAUAUUAAAAAUAUGCCAACUAUAAAAACUUUUUUUUUUUCAGAAUUUCAGUUUAAAAAGAUGUUGCUUCUCUAUAGACAUUAUUGCAUUAGGGAAAGGAAAAAAUCUGCCUUAAAAUAAGCUGUUAUGGGAAAGUGCUACAGGCAAAACUACAGAGAGUGGCUAAAAUGUAAUUUGCUUUUAGAAUGUAGCAUGUGUAAAAUCACAUACAAAAUAUGUAUCUUUACCUUUCCCAAAUAAUGUAAAUUGAAAAAUUAAUUUGUACAUGAUAUGUUACAUCCUCCAGCGUCACUUCAGCUAGAUUCACUGUGUGGAAGACUCCCUUGAAAACGUAUUGUAUGUUUAACAAUCUCCAGUUAGAAUAAGAGGAAUUAACUUUCCUACUCAGUUGGAGAGAAAAAAAUCUUAAUAUAAAAUUCCAUCUAAAGGAGUGAAAUUCCAUUUAAAUCUUAAUAUA